AUGAGGGGCGCGGGAGGAUUCUACAAAGGAACCAACACAGAGCAGACGCCCUACUUUGGGGAUAAGGAAAAGAAGCUCAUCGAAAAGAUGACUUGGCCAGAAAUAUACAAACACAAAAUAGAUCUUACCAAAAUAAAUUUGGAUGUGGUAGGCAAAUGGAUUCAAAAGAGGCUCAUCGAAAUUUUGGGCUUUGAGGAUGACAUCCUGUAUGAGUACUGCGUCUCUCAGUUGAGGCUCGACCCGGAGGCCAUCGACGAAGAGAGCGAGAACUUCCUCAACUCGAAGAGGCUCAAAAUAAACCUCACCGGCUUCAUUGGAAACAAAAAAAGCGAAGUGUUCGUCCAAGAGCUACUGGAACUUCUCAUUUCGGGAGAGCAGAACGAGGCGCAACUUUUGGCUUCCCAAAUGGAAACGAAAAGAAUCGAAAUGGAGCAAGUCCAAAAGGAGAAUGAGCUCCUGCAGAGGAACAUUCAUAAUUUGAGGAGCAUAUACGCAGAAAGUGCAAACCGGAAGGACCCCACCCCAGCGGAAAACGCCAGCGGCGAAACGGAUGACCCGAACGGACCGCCAAAGGACCCUAAGGGAAGGCCGCAGGACCAGAACAAACAGAUCGAUGGCCACUCGCCAAAGCGCAGUGACCACAUCCACAACAAGAGGAGGAUGAAACCAACUAGACGUUCUUCUCCCGAAUCGUCACCGUCCACCAUUGAGGGAGACAAGCACGCAAAAUACAAAAGGAGGAAACAUAAAAUAUAUGCCAACAGGGAAAGGCGUCACAGUGAUGAAGAAGAGGAGGAGCGGGACGGCCCCAGUUGCAUUGAGGACUCCUCUUCGGAUGAGCCAACGGAGGAAACGAGGGGCGGGCGAGGUAAGCAGGAACGCCGCCGGAGAAGUGUCAGUGCAGCGAACUCGGAUGGAAGAAGCAGCUCGUCCGCCUCCCUUUCACCCUCCUCCGCAGGAACGGCGAAGCAUAAGCAUCGAAGAGAGUUGGACGCGGCGAAUGGCAGAAAUGGCAGAGGCUCCGUGAAAGAGUUUGACGACGACAGUACCCGAAAGUCGUCCAGAGAUUCCAACGCGAAAGAAAUCCACAGCAUACUGAAAAGGAAAAGCUACAACAGUAUGAAAAAGGGGCUUCGGGCUUGGUCUCCCUCCGAGAGUGACAAUGGGUAAAGCGUUUUUGGGGUGAUGUGCUCGUUGGUGGAGCGGCAUGCCAAAAAGUUGCGCCACCACAGUGGAAGCACUCAACCCUGCUCAGCUAAAGGAGACAGCUUUUAUUUUGCUCCCCAAAAGAACUCGCUCCAUGGGUGAAGAAGCAAAUGGCGGAAUGAGGAACACGCGGGGGGUGACGCGUACACCGCUGCAUCGGUGGAUGCAUCAGUGACUGCAUCUGCGGCUGCACCUCCCCCACGCGGCCGCUUCGGCAAGUGACAUUUUUUAGUGUGACCCGUUUGUUUAAAAGGGGAAAAAUUGCAAAGGGAAAAAAAAGAAAAAUGGCGAAAGAGAAAAAAAAUGGACAGUGUGGACAGAAAUGCGAUUAGCAAAGUGGGUAACCCUUCCCAGUUGCUUAAUUUUUUUCCCCUCUUUUUUGCGUAAUUUUUUCUCUCUCCUUUUUUUUCUCUCGUUUUCCUCCCUUUUUUUCCUCCCUUUCGAAGGUGGAGCGUGGUGGGGCGAACACCUGCCAAGCUUCAUCCAUUUUGCACUCCCCCCCGCCUGACUCAUAUAAUCACGCAGUACUUGUACACAACGCGCAGCGCAUAGUGCACAGUGUUGUUGUAACCCCAGUGAAAUUUCAAAUACUUGAACCCUAUGGUGCUUAAAUUAAUUAACUUA